CCGGCUACCAGCAGACCAAAGGCAUGCGCCUGAGGCAAUGUGUAAUGCACGGCCACCGAUGUGACCAUGAGGCACUCCUCGAUAGGAUGACCUACAACCUGGUCGCGGCACUAGAAGCACGGCAAUACGGCUUCGAGAUAGAGCAAGUCUGACAGAUGACGUGGGCUUGGGGUGAGCGGGAUGUUGUGAUGGCGGUGGCAGUCUACAGAACAGUAUAUGAGUGCAUUCGGUCGGCGUUACAAUCUGGACGCAUCAUCUCGAUUACCAAUACAACACUGUCGUCGCUCGCAAGACUCCGACCACACUUCAUUCCCUUUAUCCCUCCUCUUCUCGCGUGCCCCGAUCGAUUCGCGACGGGAAUCUCACCAAUUCCGCCAAUCGAGCUAUACACUUCCAUUAUUAGACGCCAAUGCAACUCUAACUUCAAAGCCGAGACUCCAAGAGCCGAAGCGUAAGGCUCCGCGUGCCCAGUUCCCCAGAUCGGUACCAAGAUCGCAAUCUACCGUUAAUCUACACAACCCCGUUUCGGCCCUCCCACCGGCUCAUUCAAUCUAACAUCGUCGCGGCAAUAACGAAACAGCACGACACCGACCACACGACAUGGCGCGAGAAUAUGCUAGUG